UAUUACCUCAAUAAUUUAAAAUCAUUUUCAUAUAAAAUUUUUAAAUUAUUAAAAAAAAUAAUGUAAUUACCCCAAGUCACCAUUAUUUUUAAGGUAAUGUAACUACUGCAAAUCACUAUAAAUUUUAGACAAAUCACGUGUCAUGUACUCAAGAUCCGUACUUCUUCAAAGUCAUCUUGACCGUCCAAAUGCACCUAUGUCCAACUAAAUCGACGCUCCAAAAUUCUUUCUGCAAAAGUGUGUUGUAAAGCUACGUUCUAUAAAUAGCACAGACCUCCAUUGCCACAACCCCACACUCUCCAACAAAAAAAGCAAAACAAAAAUGGCAACAACCUUUGGCAAUGGUGGUGGGAGUUCUGGUCACGGCGGUAUCGAUGGCGAAGUUGAGGAUGCUCGUCCAUGCUUGAAAAGGUUGGUGGACCAAGGCAGUGUUGAGAGCCGUAAGUUUUACUUGGCACGCAAGACUGCUUGGGAAAUGCUCAAAGACCGAGGCUAUAAAGUGGCUGACUCGGAGUUAACUCGCUCACUCGCUGAGUUCCGUUCCGAUUUUGGAGACAAACCAGAGCUCGAACGUCUACGUAUCUCUGCUUCUCUGCGUUCCAACCCUUCCAAAAAGAUCUUGGUUGUCUUCAUGGGAACAGAUGAUAUCAGAAAAGCAACUGUGCGAGCUCUUCAUUGCCAGAUUCUUAAGGAAAGCUUAAGUGGGCUGAUACUGAUUCUGCAGAGCAAAAUGAACUCCUUUGCUCGAAAAGAACUGGAGAGUUUUCCAUUUAAAGUGGAGGUUUUCCAAAUUGCUGAUCUGUAUGUCAAUGUAACAAAGCACCAUCUGAUGCCGAAGCAUGAGGUGCUGACCGCUGAAGAAAAACAAAAGUUGCUGAAAAAAUACCAGUUGGAAGAUAAGCAGCUCCCCCAGAUGCUACAAACUGAUGCAAUUGCUCGAUACUAUGGACUGGAGAAGGGACAGGUGGUGAAGGUUACUUAUAGCGAGGAAUUUUUUCAAUUAAAUGAACAAUAUUGUUGUGUUGUUUGAUGCUAAUGUAUUUGAAUUUCUUCGAUGAUUAAUCUCUUCAAAGUGGUACUUAUGGGAAACAUAUUUUUUACGGUUUGUAAAUGGCAUAGCUGUGGCUUUUUCUGGAUCAUGUUCUUGAAUGAUGUACCGAAGCCUGGCAACUUAACAAUUUGGAAGAUGAUAUUUUCAUUAACUCACUGGCUCAUUGCUAGUUUUUCUUUUAUGGGACUGACUGAGAUUAGAAACAAGCUGCAACCAGAGCAAUUGCCCUUGUUCAAGAGAUAUGCUGGGCUUGUUUUAUUAUUAACAAGUUGAGUAAUGAGUAAUUUGUUGAAUUUCCAUUCAAAUUCUUAAUCCAUUUUAGCUUAAG